CUGGACCGAACAACAAAAUACCAGCCGCAACCGAGAUCAUGGCACGAACCGCUCAAACUGCCCCGAGAGCUGGGACGGUUGAUGUGCUCAGUGAUCGAUGGGCUCAGCGUGAAUACGUCGAUCACCAAGGAAACCCCGUGGUCCUUGGUAAAUUCAUCCAACAUGACGAAGAGUUCACUCAACCAGUGGGCAGGGCAAGAUACACGGUGCAGAUAUACAGUGCCAUUCCAAUUCAGGAGAAUGAUUAUGAAAAGCUUGAUGAUUAUCUCUCUGAAACCGACCCCCCUGAUGCGCCGAAGUUCGAGAUUUAUUCCUAUCGUCCGCGCAAUGCUCUUUCAUGUGUCGAGCACCAGAGACACGAGAUCGCGUAUCGCAAGCGUCUUCAUGCUGAGGCCGAAGCGGCGGGGCAAUCUACAAAGGCAUUACCUCCUCUGAUUCCCAUGGCUGAGAAACUUUGCAAGAGUCGUGACCGUGUGGGGUUUUGCUUAUUCCUCACUUCUGAAAGUUUCCGCGCGGUUCUGGGGACUGGACCGCAAUGGAUUCAUUUUGAUCGCAGAAUCCCAAGUGGUUUAUCGGAGAUCCCCAUAGUCGAACGCCUGGAAGGGUUUGGAGUUUAUCCUGAACUCUGGGAGCUUGAGGCCAUUGCUAAAAACCAUCAACGGCGUGUAGGCUCUGAUAUCAGAUGGGCUACAACUCGGAUCUGCCGUGGUGGUGAACUAGAUUAUGGACUUGAUCAAGAUGAGGGACAGCCAGUGCCAUCACUGUUUGAUGAUCCCGGACAUAUUAUGGAAGUCUUGACGCAGCAGAUGCAAGGCCUUUCCUUUGAUACAUUGCAUCUUACUCGAGGCCUCGGGCCCGAGGCAGUGACGGUCACGAAUGGGGCUUCUGAUUUUUCUGAGGAAUGUAACCUCCAGUACAUCGUCUAUGUCCCGUUCCUGGGCAAUAUCCAGAACCCUGCAGACCUCCUAGAGACUACUGCUCGCCUCUUCACUGCAAGCAUCGUCGCACAUAUAUCUGCCAUCAAAACAGUCCGUUUCGAAUUCCGCGUGCCAGAUUCAUCUUCAGUAUCAUCUAUCCUUCCUGAGCACCCCCAGUCCCUGCAAGUCCCACAGUUCACCUCAGGCGCCCUGCAAAAUCUAGACCAUAUGAAAUCCCAGCGAGAGCGAGUCCUCCCUCUCGAUCCCAAAGAUCGGGUCUACGACAAACAGCGGCUGCUAGAUCCUUGCAAGUUGUUUGCAGUCGUGCUCGAUCGACCGUCCUUCAUCACCGAACCAGGUGUCAUGUUUCUCCAGGUUACCUCUGAGUAUCCACCGCCACCAGAACGGCGUGCCAACAGCUCCGGCUUCGGUGAUGGGCAUUGGAUGGAGGUUCGGCGCAGUGCGGGGAUGCCUGAAGUAGCGAGGAGAUUGGCGAUGUUGACUGUAGAGGAGUGCCAGGGUGGAUAUGCUGAUACUCGCAGGGUUUUGUCGCAGGAGGAGUAUAGUGCUAUGUGGUCUGCAGUUCCGGAGUCGUAUAAGGAACGGCAGAAACGUCUUAGGCGGAGUCGUAUGACUUGUGGUUAGUUGGCUUAACGGUGAUUAUGUUGGAGGGCGCUUCAAUUUUCGUCAAUCAUGGGCCUUUUCUUGGGGGAAGGGGUGGGGGGGUUGAGACAUUUUGGAAAGGAAAGUGAUUUGCAGACUAAAUCAAUUGAGGACUAGAAAUACAACAAGUCUAACCAGGCGCCAAUGUCUAAAAAACAACCAAUGCACACACCAGGACGUAUCCAGAACAAAUACAAACUCCAAAACAGAAACAAAAAAACCGUUAAAUACAUAAAGAAACCGGAAACCAAAACAUCAAUCCAUCUCUCUCAUACACUCAUCUCAUUUAAUUCUGGCUGUCAUCGCCAUCCCCGUUGU